CGUGACCUGUGACGUUCUUACUCUCCUCUCUGUACCGGGCGCUGCUGAGUGAGUGACUGAGUUACAUUGACGUCAUCAGCAGCAGCAGUGACAGUGAUGUUCUGCAGAGCAGCAGGUCAUGGCGUGGAAGUCCAGGACUCGCAGUCUCCAGGUGUUUGACACGGGACAGAGCGCGGACACGGUGGAGUGGUGUCCCGUUCCACCAUGCCACAACAUCCUGGUCUGCGGGACGUACCAACUACAGAAAGGGGCCGGGGUUGAUGAGGCCACGCCCACCCGCAGUGGCCAUUUGUACCUUUUUGACUUUCGUCGCGAAGCACCGAUGAGUCCUCCUCUCACGGAGCUGCAGCGCGUCGACACGCCGGCCAUUUUAGACGUCAAAUGGUGCCAUGUGUCGGUGUCAGAGAAGGCGAUACUCGGAGCAGCGGCUGCCACGGGAGAACUGCAGCUCUACGCGAUGUCGGCGAGUCAGGAAGGCAGCCGCAGUCUGCAGCCUCUCAGCAGCCUGGAGGUCGGAGCAGAGCGGCUGACUCUGUCAUUGGACUGGUCCACUGGAAGAAUGGACAGCAGCAGUGACGUGCGUGUGGUGUGCAGCGACUCUGCCGGAUGCAUCAGUGUUCUCUCUCUGGAUGAGGGUUCUCUGACGACUCUGUCGCAGUGGAAGGCUCACGACUUUGAGGCCUGGAUCUCGGCCUUCUCCUACUGGGACACACAGCUGGUUUAUACCGGUGGUGACGACUGCAAACUGAAGGGCUGGGAUCUCAGGAUGGGUCCUUCCUGUCCCACUGUGACCAGUAAAAGGCACUCGAUGGGCGUGUGCAGUAUUCAGAGCAACCCUCACCGGGAACACAUCCUGGCAACAGGCAGCUACGAUGAGCAGGUUCUGCUCUGGGACGGCAGGAACAUGCGGCAGCCGCUCAGCGAGACGGCGACGGGUGGCGGCGUCUGGAGGCUGAAGUGGCAUCCGACCAAUCCUGACCUGCUGCUGGCUGCCUGCAUGCACAACGACUUCCAUAUCCUUCACUGUCAACAGGCUUUAGAGAGCAGCGCAGGGGCUUGUCCCAUCGUCGCCUCCUACAUCCUCCACAACUCCCUGGCGUACGGCGCCGACUGGUCCCGCGUUUCCCUGGACGAACCCGCCCCCUGCUCACCUGUCGCCGCAGAACCAAAGGAAAGCUUUGCGGAGAGCCGAGGACACCUGCGGAUUCAGUACGAGUCUCCCACCGCCAGCUUCGAUACUUCCCUGGAGGACGACACGGGACGCUACAUCCCAGAGAGCGUCACGGCACCUUCCUCCGCCCCUGCUGUGGGCCCCGCCCCCACCCCGGACCACGACGCCGCCUCAGUGUCCUGUCUGCUCGCUACCUGCUCCUUCUACGACCACAUGCUCCACGUGUGGCGCUGGGACUGGACUCCAGAAGAAGCUCCGCAGGGCACUGAGCAACGCUGACGCCCCCUACAGGCCUGGUGUUAACAUCCCACCACGUCCUCAGUGAUCUGGUCACGUGUGGGCUGAGUUAAGUACACGACUGUUCACACACACGCUGAAUUCAUGUCUGUUCAUAAAUCUGACUGACACGUGUGUGUGUUUGAUGUCGGUGUGUGUGUGUGUGUGUGUGUGUGUGUGAGGAGGAGCUGAGUGAAUAAAAACUCUAGUCGCGCUGCUUUAACAUGAAA